GCUAGUUGGUGGGACAGAGGAAGAUGCAGAGGACAGGAAGAGAUGGAAACAGAUGAUCCGCUGUGGCGACCCCAAACAGGAGCAGCCGAAAGUAGUACCUCCAUGAACAACUUGAAUGACCCCCCUGGAUGGAACAUUCAACCAGAGCCUGGACGAGGAGCAGCAGGGGGUGGUGAUGGAAACCAAUGGAACUAUGCCUUUCUGGUCCCCAUGCUGGGACUGGCUGCCUUUCGUUGGAUCUGGACCAGGGAGUCUCAGCAAGAAAUCCAGAAAGCCAAAGCUCAUUAUGAUAAGGAGAUGGUCAAAGUGAGCAGUGAGCUGGAGACACGGUACCGGCAGACAUUGACAGAGGGGCGUAGGGCAGCAGCGCUGCUGGAGCUUGAACUGGAGAAAGAGAGGCAGAGGGUCAAAGGCUAUAAGCAGGCUCUGGUCUCCCAGAGCCAGCAGCUGAUGGAAGAGCGCAAGCAGCUACGGCAGGAGCGCGAGAGCUUGGAGCAGGAGAAGCAAAAGAUGGUGGAGUCUGGCGAGGCGGGGGCCUUACUGCAAAAUGCCCUGGAACAAGAAAAAGACUGGCACCGUCGGGCCACAAACACCCUGAAGGAGCUCGAGGGUCAGUUAGUGGAGAGACAGAAUGCCUACUGCUCCCUUUUCAGACCCCGAGAGCAUCGGUUGGAGUUGGAGAAGAACAUGCUGCUCUGGGUCGUCAAAGAACCCGUCAGUGGAGAAUUGGAUCUAGAGACAGGUGUGAAGGAUAUUUUAAAGAAUGAUAAGCAUUGCGCAAAUGUGCUGAACGCAAACAAGAGGGAAAACGGCAGCCUUAUGUGGCUGUAUCUUAAGUACUGGCAGCUGCAGGCCACCGUCCGAACACACCAGAGAGCAGAGCAAGCCCUGCUGGGAGGAAAACAUCAGUCUCGUGCCAAGUGACCUUAGGAAAAAAAAUUAUUGAUAUUGUGUUAGUUGUUUGAUUUUGUGGGAAUGAGCAAAUGAGAUCUCAAACACAUUUAAGUCAGGGAUGGAAUUGGCGAGUAUAAACAGGUUGGGAGGUUGAUUUGACUUGGCAGAUUUGGAAUGGGAUGUAAGAGAGAUGUUACAGAGGUGGCAGCUAGAUAAUCUUGCAUGGAUAUUUCCCAGCAUCCCUAUGUGUAAUCCCUGAUCUCAGUUUUACAAGGAGAGGAGCAAAAUUGUAAUGUGUUGAUCAUGCUGAAAUACUACAACACUAAUAGUUAGAAAAAAAAACAUCAAGCGGGCUAUAUAGUUACCCAAACACAGUGAUGUUAUUAUAAAGUAUGCUUAAAUGAAUUAAGGAUUAUUAAGGUUCAUUUACAACUGUCUUUUCACAUCAUAGAGAUGCCCAAAAGUUACCAAGUGAUUUGAUCCAGACAGAAUAGAUGAUUGUCCUGUCUUGAGUUGUGAAUCAUUAAGAGGCCAUAGCACAAAAAAUGCAACUCUAAUUGUUUUGUAGCACACUGUUAAUCAUAGGAAAUGGUUGACAUAAUAUAGACGGUAAUCAAAUUCAAAAAUCAGUCAAAAAUCUAUUAAGGCGUUAAUCAAAACAGGCAGUUGGUUUUUCAAGAACACUGACAACAUCCUCAUUCUCUAGUAAAUGGGUAUUUACAUGUCUUUUAUCAACAUCAGAGUAAUUAUAAUUGACCUAAGUUUUUAGUGACUAUACCGUGGGACAUGACAUCACUGUAUUUUUUUUUGCCAACUGUACUUAUGUUUGUUAUUUGCACUGGCCUUCCAACCGUGACCUUUUUCCUUUUCCUGUGGUAUAUUGACUCUGUGUGUCAAUGUGUGUCUGUUGAUGUUAUUCCCCCACUUGACCAUUAACAUUUUCAGUUUCUUGUUUUCUGUAUAGUAAAUGUUUACGGGAGCAUCCUAUGCAUGGUGGGGGAAACAAAUAUCACAAAAAUAUUCCAAGGUUGCUGCAUGCGAGUCGAACCAAUCCUGGAAUGAGGCAUAGAGAACCUUACAUUACUUCUAAUACCUUCAAGUGGGUUUCCUUCUACAUUUCCUGUCCUUUAUCCUCAUUCCGUCCUUCAAAUUCUUAGAUCUGUAUUAGUUUUCCUUCUCCCUUCCUCAUAUCUUUCCUUCAUAUCUUCUUUAGAGCCAUCUUUAACUCAUGCUUGCCUCCUGCCUUCGUUCAGGAUUCUGCUUGGAAUGAGCAAAGACAACCAUGUAACAUGCUCUGCAAACAGUUCAAACAGCACUUCUUUGUUUUACAACUGAACCGCUGGGUUUUGGGAUGGGGAGGGGUCUGUCCAUAAUAAGGGUACAGCUUUGUUUUGACAAUAACUUAACAUAUGAGCUGUGCAUAAAAUUGGAGUUGAUGUGGGACCGGCUCAUUGAGACUCUAUUCAUGUGCACCGCUCAUAAUAAAUUUGUGUUUAAGGCCCUUAAUUGUUGAUGUCUCUGUGUGUAUUAAUUACCUGUAGGAGGAUACUGUAGUGCUGUUAGCUCACCACUGGAAGGCGCUUCCACAGAACUUGUGUGCAGAAAAAUUAGUAAACAACGCCCAGAUCAAUACAGUGCCUGUAUACAAAGGCAUUUAUUGUGUACAGCACACCAGUAUCCACGCUGAGCUUCAUCCAUAAUGCAAUAUCUAUGUCAAGGUGCCCUGCUUGACUCUGUCUGUGCUCAUAUACUUGAACUGUCUGUAAAAUAAAAAGCAAAAAGGACAACUCAAAAUAUAAUAUCCUCCUGUAACACUUGUGAAUAUACGCCAACCAGUACUAAACCAGAAAAAAACUUUACAACUGAUCCAACAUCAUUCAUUAAAAUCUAAAAAGGCAAUGAAUUGCUAAGAACAUCUGCCAACUUCAGAUAUCACUGUCAAAAUCGAGAAUCGUCAAACUUGAAUUUUUCCCUAAGCAUAAAACUUAACUCUAGUAAUCCUUAAAAACAAUCCUAAAAUACUGUAGCGUCAAAAUAAGCAUGUGCAAUCUGUGCAUUUGUAACACUUAAGUACUGCACAGUAUUAAUGACAUUAUUUAAAACAUCAUAUUUCGCUGUCACCGGCAUAUUCUGUCAUCACCUGCCAACAGAAAAAGGCAGCAAACACACAGUGAACACAGAGGUGUGUAUAAUGUACAGUAUGUGAGCAAAUGGGAUGGUCAACUAUAGACCCCUUGAGGUGUCUGAAUUUUUAUUAUCACUGAAAAUGCAAAAGGUUUUUUUAUUUUAUUUUUUCCCCUCCUUUUUCUCCCGAAUUGUACCUGUCCAAUUACCCCACUCUUCCGAGCCAUCCUGGUCUCUGCUCCACCCCCUCUGCUGAUCCGGGAAGGGCUGCAGACUACCACAUGCCUCCUCUGAUACAUGUGGAGUCACCAGCCGCUUCUUUUCACCUGACAGUGAGGAGUUUCACCAGGGGGACGGAGUGCGCGGGACGAUCACGCUAUUGCCCCCAGUUCCCCUGAACAGACUCCCUCUCUCCUGUUGCCAACAAUGAACACGCACACAUGCACAGCCAUAACAGAAAUUUACCCCACAGAGCUGACUCAAAGUUGAUCUCAUUUGAAUGAAA